CAACAACAGUAGGUGAUGCUACAACUACAGUGGCUGACGCAACUACGGCAGAUACUACAGCAGCUGAUGCUACAACUACAUUGGCUGAAACAACUACAGCUGAUGCUACAACAUUUGCUGAUGCAACAACGGCUGAUGCUACAACAACAGUUGCUGACACAACGACAGUGGCUGACGCAACUACGGCAGAUACUACAGCAGCUGAUGCUACAACUUCAGUGGCUGACACAACUACAGCUGAUGCUACAAUAGUUGCUGAUGCAACAACGGCUGAUGUUACAACAACAGUUGCUGACACAACUACAGUGGCUGACACAACUACAGUGGCUGACGCAACUACGGCAGAUACUACAGCUGCUGCUACAACUACAGUGGCUGACACAACUAUA